GAGUUGGUUAUGUCCGCAACCCGCCGCCCUCUUUUUCCACAUCUUGACUGGACGCUCGUUCCUGACUUCGUAUAGGAUUUCCUUCCACCUCGUCCUUGACGCUCGGCACACAAGCGCUGCAAUAUACUACUCCGAUCCCCUUGUUCGUUCAUUCACUGAUAUAAGUUUCACUGGUUGUCGUGUAUCCGGCCAAUCCUUCCAAUCCGCCUUCAGCUCAUCCAACUCCCCAUCUCUGUAUGGCUUCUAACGAAAAAUCGAUAUCCAAGUCGACCCCUUCUGCCGCUACCAUCCCCUUUCCUCUCGAGCGUCAUUCGUCCGCUGCAACUAUGACGAACACCAACCCGGUCUCCAAUAUUAGGACAUCGUCUUCAUCCCCCACCUUUGAUCCUCUCUCAUUCUCACCAGUGAAUUUAAGCCUAUCAGAUGGCCCUAAUUCUAAUGACGGCGAGUACCCUGAAGGGGGGCUCGAAGCUUGGCUUGUCGUCAUUGGGUGUGCCCUCUUAAAUUUCUCGACAUUUGGAUUUGUUAAUGCUUGGGUCUUUCAAGAGUUUUAUUCACAAACAAUUCUCUCCGAUCAGUCCCAUUCGAAUAUGUAAGCUUCGUCAGAAGAUAUAACCGCUUUCCUUGGCUUCAUGC